AUGGAUCUUGCAAACUUAUUAGUCGAAUUGAGUAGCGAGGAUUUGUUUGACUUACUGAAAGAAAAAAAAGUAUCAAGUGAUACGUUAAGCAAAUGGUCUUUCUCUGACGUGGAGAGAAUUCUCCCUUCUCAUCGAGUGGAUGAAUUUUGGAUAAAACACCAACAGUAUUUUGUUAAAGAUACUGCAGUUUUAACAUCAAAACAAACAAGCCAAAAAACUGGUACAUCAUUAUUGGAAGAUGAGCAGCGACAAAAUCAUGAACGAGUUCCUUUGCAUCAAAUAAAUAAUGCACAACCAAUAGUGAAUAGAAUUUUCGUGGCAGAGAAUUUUAACGUUCAAAAAGCAUUGAAUGAUACAUUUGAAGGAAGGCAUAUUCUAAAUUGUUAUGAUAAUAAACGCAAGUUGACUCUCAAUAAAAGGAAAAAAGUUGUGCACUUGGUGAUGUGUGCUGUACUUCGAGAAUGCGACAGAGAUUUAGAGGAACAAGAUUUUUUGAUUUUAAGAAGAAAAGUUGUGGAAGUGUUUCCCAGUGAAACGGCUUGUAUUUAUUAUUCACCAUCAGUGGAUAAAAAAAAAACACUCAAUAAAAAAAGCCAAAAAGCUUGUGGCAAAUUAUUGAAUAAAUAUCAGAAUUUGAAACGUUUGCCUAUUGAUAUCUAUAGGCCAGAAGAUAAUGAGAACAAUCCAUUUCAUGAUGAUAGUGAUGAACAUACACCAACUGAGGAAGAACAAGCGAGUCUAGAAUGGCUUCGUACACUAGAAGAACCUUGGGAAACUGCGAAAAAACAUUGGAAAACAACUUACAAGUGCAGACAUCCAAACGGUGACAACAGUGAAAAUAAUAAGCUCGUUCAUAACAUAUUUGAGGCUUGGCCCAUUUUGAAAUGUUCUAAAGGCUAUGAGCUUAUAGACAUGGAUUUUGAUUUAAGCUUAAUGUGUACAAUUGAAAAAGCGAUAGACAACUUAAGUGAUUUUUUUUCAAAAAUUUAUGCUGUAAGAUCUACACCUAAUGAUCCAUUAUGCAUUGUUCUUAAGGAAUUAUUAGAAGCACAAAACAUUAACGCAGAUUCCAAAGUUUAUGUACAGAUGCUGUUACUAUCUUUCAUGCUUCCGUCAACUGCAAGAAUCUCACAAGGUCGAAGAAAACAAUGGAAACCAUCAUGUCUCGAAAGUUUUGAGGGAAUUAUUACUCAUGUUAAGAUUUAUGGAGAUAUCGAAAAGAGGCAAGAAGAGAAGAAAUUGUUUGCAAAAAGCAAACGAAUUACACUACAGCCGUAUAUAAUAGUUGUUGGAGAAGAAGAUUGUAGAGUUGAGUCAUCAUAUCUAGUAAUUGAUGAUAACGAGUAUGAGAUGCCAUCGUUACAAGCAGCUAUUGAUUACUGUUUCAAAUCAUUCCACGUGUUCAGUGCUAAGUAUCCACCGCAGAGUGAACAUCUUUGGUUGUUGCUGCAGAACGGCGUUUACAAAUUCCGUACACGCUGGGAUCCCUUAAUAUUAAGCGUAGAAGAGAUGCUUAACGAUAUACAAUUUUCUUUACCACCAUUCAACUUAAACAAAGAUUCAGAUCAAGCUUAAACGCUUUCACUGAUAGCUAAAAUAUAGCUAGU